ACAAUGGAGUCGGUUGCACCGGUGUCAAGGUGUACUGUGUUCCUUCUCCCGCGAGUCUGGCCCAUUCGGAUCAAUGAGAGUUGCGAAACGGAUGACUCUAUGCACAUCAGUGUUAUAUCACCGCCAUGCGAUCAUCUCUGCGCUGUUUUCUGAUGACCAGUUGCCGCAUUCAUGUGUCAAUAGAGAAGUUCCUGCUGUAAAGACUCACUGCUGCGUCUCCUGGGUUCCCUUUAAACAACAAGGUUUCAUGUGUUUUAUGAGUUGCUAAUACAAUGUCUGAAGUCAGUAUUGGAUGGAAAAAGGAAAAGUGUGAGAAUUGCACUAAGCAGUGCAACAAGAAGCAGAGUGGUGAAGGUAUAAACUUACUGCAAGAGAAAGGUGUUGUCAGUGGAGAGGUGAGAGAGACUAGCUCAGUUCAGCAGGUGUUGCUGAGUGCAUGUCUGUCUUGUGAAGGCUGCGUAUCGGAGGACGAAGGCCAGAAAAUCUCUCAACAAAAUCUGGAUGAAAUGAAUCAUGUGCUUGCCCUUAAUAAGAAAUGUGACACUUCAAAGCACAAAGUUCUGGUGGUGUCCUUGUGUCCCCAGUCGCUGCCCUUUUUUGCAGUUAAAUUUAACCUUGAUGUUUCGGCGGCUGCACAGAAACUCUGUGGCUUCCUAAAGAGUGUGGGGGUCCAUUAUGUCUUUGACACUACGGUAGCCGCUAGUUUUAGUAUUUUGGAAAGCCAGAGAGAAUUUGUUCAGCGUUACCGCCGUAAACAUCAUGAUGCCAACGCCAUGCCAAUGUUCACUUCUUCAUGUCCAGGAUGGAUCCGCUAUGCAGAGCGUGUUCUUGGCAGCUUGGUCAAGCCACACAUCUGCACAGCCAGGUCACCUCAACCGAUCAUGGGUUCCUUGGUCAAAGACUUUUUUGCAAGACAACAGAAGCUGUCCCCUGAUCAGGUUUUCCAUGUGGUGGUGGCUCCCUGCUUUGAUAAGAAGCUGGAAGCUGUGAGAGAGGAAUUCUACAACAGCAUUCUAGAGACCAGAGAUGUUGACUGUGUGCUUACAUCAGGAGAGAUUCUCCUGUUGAUGGAACAAAGCAAAGUUACUGCAGAGGAAGUGGACUCUGCUCCUUUGGAUCAUGUAUUUGGUGAGAGCAGUGACCCAGGCAUGAUCAGGCAUGAAGGUCGUGGAUCUGAAGGUUUUCUGGAACACAUUUUCAAACAUGCUGCCAAAGAGCUCUUUGGCCUAGAUGUCCAAGAGAUUGUGUACAAGACACUCAGGAAUAGAGACUUCCAGGAGGUGGCGCUAGAGCGUGAUGGAGAGACCCUCCUUCAGUUUGCUGCAGUCUAUGGCUUCCGGAACAUACAGACACUAGUGCACAGAAUGAGGAAAGGAAAAGUUCCCUACCAGCUAGUGGAGGUGCUCUCCUGCCCUGGAGGUUGUUUAAGUGGGCGAGGACAAGCUGAAGGAGAGGGAGGCAGACCUGACCGCGCUCUUGUUCAGCAAAUGGAAGAGUCCUACUGCAGCUUGCCUGUCCGACUGCCUGAAUCCAAUCCAGAGGUCCAGCGCCUCUACCAGGACUGGCUGGAUGGCCACGACUCCCCACAUGCUCAGCAAUGUCUCCACACUCAGUACAAGAACCACUCACAGCCCCCCUCUCACAUAUCGAGUCCUGCCAUUCAGUGGUGAUUGGAAGGGGCCAUUCUUUUAUUUAGCAUAUCUGGAGCCAAGUUCGGCAUUUCAAGCUUCAAGACUGUCUUUUAGCGAUGUGGCAUGUAUUUGAGGCUUUCUGGGGUCACGUGGACUGCAAUUUGUCUGCAGUAAAAGUUAAAUGAAGGACCAAACUGGCUUUCUGUACUAUACAGUGAUUCAGACUGCUUUACUAAUGAGAAAAUUUGCAUUUAUUAAAGGGAUAAUUUUUACUAAAAUUUAAAUUCUGUCAUUUACUCAACGUCAUGUUGUUCCACACCUGUAUUACUUUUUUGUCUUCUAAGUCACAAUUCACUUCCAUUGUAUUGAAAAAAGAGCAGUGUUCUCUUUCUCCAAAAUGUCUCUUCUUGUGUUCCACAGAAGAAAGUAAGUCAUUUGGAAUAAGAUGACGGUGAGUCAAUGAUGGCAGAAUUUUAUGUUUGGGUGAAUUAUCCCUUUAACUAUUUUUCUCUCUUACAUUGCAGCUAAAUGGAUGUUUUGACAACCAAUCAUCAUAGAGGAAAAGUAUGAUUAAAAGGACUAUAGCAAUAACACAGGACUUUGUCUUCAUCAUGAUAAACAACUGUAUGACUAUUGCCAUUAAUCACUGGAACCUAUUCAUAUGUACUGAAGGAAUUAGCUCUGUGAAUUUUGUAUGAAUAUCAUAUCAUAAAGAUUCAGAGGCAAAACAACAUUAGAGGAAACUAAUACAUGGUGCUAAAUGGAUUAAAAUAAUAAAUUAAAGCUUCAUAAAUCUGAUUGCAUUAAAAAUGCAUGAACUCAUCUUAACAGACUGGCAGUGAUUUUUGUCAUUUAGUUCAUUACUAACAACUCAAGUGCUUUCUGGUAUAUUAGUUUGUAGUUGUAU